UCCUCAAAGCGAAAAGCCUCCGACGGGAAUAACGCGUCCAAAUCAACACCAAAAGUCAUCCACUUCACUUCGCGCAAUCCACCAUGGACAUAUCUCAAACUUCAACUAAUCCACCAACCUGAUACCUCAACCGCAAUCCAAUCCCACCCCCUCGACCCCCUCACAGCCCGAACCCACCUAACCACCGCCCUCUCCCAAUUCCUCGGUCUAACUGGAACAACCAUCUCCAUCGACAUAUUGAAAAUCUCCUCUGACGUAUCAGCCCCGAAUAAAGAUAACAAGAUGGUGUGGAUACGAGUGCCCCGCCCGGACGCUGCGGCGGUGGUUGCGGCGCUGAGUUCGUGGAUUGGGGGGUCGAGUAAAUCGGGCAGUGUGGCUUGGAGGGUCUGCGCGAAGGGGAAUUAUUUGGGGGCGCUGGUUAGGGGGAAUGGGGAAGAUUUGUUU